GAAUAUUUUGUAUCAACCAUAGCUCGCUAAAUCCACAGAACUUCCUGCUUAGAACUGUUCAGGAAAAAGAAAUAAUGGCGACGUUGCUGGGGUCUGAGUCCCCUUGGACUGGAGGAAAACGAAGCAGUCGCAAUAUCAUUGCAAAAAUCACACACAGUCAGAUCGCAGGCCAGGGUUUCAGCAGAGGGACACAGCUCCCAGAGGCUCUGCUCCAGGAGAGAGAUAAGAGGGCCAAAUGGCACGGCAUCCCUGAGCUGCUGCAGAAGCUCCAUGAGAGCAGCCAUCCUAACAGUGACCUCUCCCACACACACAGUGUACUAAAGGAACUAUCAUCCCUACUUUCCAUGGAGGCAAUGUCUUUUGUCACAGAAGACAGGAAGAGUGCUCAAGAAUCCACAUUUCCCAACACAUACACCUUUGACCUCUUUGGUGGAGUUGAUCUGCUGGUAGAGAUCUUGAUGAGGCCUACACUCACUAUGCAGAAGAAGAAACCUCAAAUGAAUGAUGACUUAGUCAAGGACUGCCUCAGUGUUCUUUAUAACUGCUGUAUAUGUACGGAAGGGGUUACAAAGAGCCUUGCAGCCAGAGACGACUUUGUCCUGUUUCUCUUCACCUUGAUGACGAACAAGAAGACGUUUCUACAGACUGCCACUUUAAUCGAGGAUAUUCUCGGCGUCAAGAAGGACAUGAUCCAGUUGGAGGGGAUUCCUAACCUGUCUGGUCUGGUCCAGAGCUUCGACCAGCAGCAGCUGGCUAACUUCUGCCGCAUCCUCUCUGUCACCAUCUCAGAACCCGACGUGAGAAAUGAUGACAAACACACCCUGCUGGCCAAGAAUGCACAGCAGAAACGCAACGCAAGCCCCUCACGUGCAGAGGUCAAUCAAGUUACCCUCCUGAACAUCCCGGGCUUCAUCGAGCGCCUGUGUAAGCUGGCCACCAGGAAGGUGUCUGAGGCCACCGGGGCGUCGAACUUCCUGCAGGAGCUGGAGGACUGGUACACGUGGCUGGACAACGCCUUGGUGCUGGACGCCCUCAUGCAGAUGGCCACGGAGGAGGCUGAGCACAGCAGCACAGAGUCAUCAGAUGAGAGUUCGAUGGCCACCAGCCCUCUGAGGCACCGUCUGCCCCAGUCCAUGAAGAUCGUCCAUGAGAUCAUGUACAAGGUGGAGGUGCUUUACGUGCUCUGUGUGCUGCUAAUGGGCCGUCAGAGGAACCAGGUACACAAGAUGUUAGCAGAGUUCCGUCUGAUCCCAGGUCUCAACAACCUGUUUGACAAGCUGAUCUGGAGGAAGUACACCUCGUCCGAUCAUGUGGUGCAUGGCCAGAACGAGAACUGUGACUGCAGUCCUGAAAUAUCCUUCAAGAUCCAGUUUCUGAGGCUUCUCCAGAGCUUCAGUGACCACCACGAGAACAAGUACCUUCUUCUGAACAGUCAGGAGCUGAACGAGCUGAGUGCCAUUUCUCUGAAGGCCAACAUACCGGAGGUGGAGGCCUUAGUCAAUACAGACAGAAGUCUAGUGUGCGAUGGGAAGAAGGGACUCCUCACACGUCUGCUCGCCGUCAUGAAGAGGGAGCCUCCAGACUCCUCCUUUAGGUUCUGGCAGGCCAGGGCAGUGGAGAGUUUCCUCCGUGGAGCCACCUCUUAUGCGGACCAGAUGUUUCUGCUGAAGAGGGGGCUGCUAGAACACAUCCUAUUCUGCAUCAUAGACAGUGGCUGUAAGUCCAGAGAUGUCCUGCAGAGCUACUUUGACCUGCUGGGGGAACUCAUGAAGUUCAACAUCGACGCCUUCAAGAGGUUCAACAAAUAUGUCAGCACAGACGACAAGUUCCAGACCUUCAUGACCCAGAUCAACAGUUCCCUGGUGGACUCCAACAUGCUGGUGCGCUGCAUCGUCCUGUCCCUCGACCGCUUCGAGAGCCAGACAGAGGAUGUGAAAGUGGUGGAGGUGCUGUCUGAAUGCUGUCUGCUGUCCUACAUGGCCCGGGUGGAGAACAGGCUGUCCUUCCUCUUCAGGCUGGUCAAUGUCAUCAAUGUGCAGACUCUCACACAGGAGAAUGUGAGCUGUCUGAACACCAGUCUGGUGGUCCUGAUGCUGGCCAGGAGGCGGGGUAAACUUCCCUUCUACCUCAACACAUUGAGAGAGAAGGAGUAUGCAGAGAAAUAUCCUGGCUGCCUGCUAAACAACUUCCACAACCUGCUGCGCUUCUGGCAGCGCCACUACCUCAACAAGGACAAGGACAGCACCUGUCUGGAGAACAGCUCCUGCAUCCCCUUUGACUACUGGAAGGAGACAGUGUCAGUGCUUCUGGGCUCAGACAGGACUUCUCUGUGUGCCAUAGCCAGCUACAUAGACGAGCCCUUCAUGGAGCUGGACAGGGACCUGCUGGAGGAUUAACCCAUACAGGCUGGUUUGGGUGUGUAGGGGGUUGCUGGGGUAUGGACACCUAUCAUGAGUGAUGACCAUGCCAGAAAGCUAGAGCAGGACUGUAACUGUGGCUGGACACAGACUCGUUGCUAUGCUGUCUGUAACUAGGCCAGGAGGCCGUUACUGAAGGAGGGGGGGGGUGAUUCUACAAUCCUGGCCAUCUUCACUCCUCGCUCCAUUCUCUUCGGAGGAGAAGGGGCGAGACUGCACCUGUUUGUCUGUCCAUUACCAGACCCUACAGUAGAGAUACAUUUCUUGGACCUUGAAAUACUCCUAUGUUGGUGGUUUGCUUUAGGUGAAAUCAAAUAGCCUUUUAUAUAUUACAUAAAUAUAUUGAAAAAUCUAUACAUACGAUGCAACAAAUUAGAUAGAUAUAUCCUAUCUAUCCAUCUAACACAGAAAAUGGUUUGUUUUCACUGUGGGGGACUUGUUAUAAGAGGGGAGGCCCAGAGUAUGUCUGAAGACUAGUCCCCCCUGUGUCUCUUCUAGCCCACAUGGCUCUCUUAGAGAAGGGAAGUGUUGACUCCAUGUCUGGGAGCCUAAGAGGGCUGCUCAUGACUGGAUGCAGAGGUGGCAUCAGUCUUGUCCAGUGGUCUUUUGAAUGAAUGGCUUCGUCUCUGAUCUAUAUGUGUAUGUAGGGCUCUCUCUCUUAGGUGAAUCUAGUCGACUGGUACUUGUAGCUUUACUCAGCCCGUCCAGGUAGCUUGUGGAUCUGUUAAUGGUUGACAUUCUAUGGGGUCCUAUGGUGGAUGAGAUGGGGCUGGACGGGACCCCCACUCACCUGAAGUCACCAACCCCUUCAUGACUUUACCCCAACACAAGGAAACAUUUUCCUUUCUGUUUUUCAGACAUUGUUUUUGUUUUUCAUCUUGUUAAGAGAAAAGCUUUUAGUUCUAAAUAAAGUGUAGAUAAAAGGAAGAAAACAUUGCACUGUUUGAAUUGUUGUUUUGUUUAUUUUGAUGACCGGUGUUUUCAUUUUGUAUCAGACUUUGUAUGCAUCAAGUGAAAGGGGGUUUGGCAAAAUAAUUAACUAUGCAGGUUCUAGUAUUCAAUCCCACUCUCUGUCGCCGACAGUUCUCACAACAGUUCCUUAACCCCUUAUUCUUCAACCAACAGCCACGCUGUGCUGCGUCACUUGAUUGUUCUCUACUCGUCCACUUAACUCUUGACUGCUCUUAUCUUACCAUGAGCCUAGACUUCGACAAUCUUGAUCUGUCUUUGUGAUGAUUCUGUGCUUGAUGUCACCUCUAAUGUGAUUGGCUGAAGGGGGGAAUGGGAGUGGUUACAUUGCUAUGGCUCCUCUGGCUAGAAUGUGCUGAUGUUGCCGAUGCAGAGUAAGCAUUUAGCAAAAAAACGAAUCCAAGAAAUUGACCAAUGAUUGAGCUACCUCAUUUUUCAACCCAGCAUGCACCAAUUGGAUCACUCACAGGGUGUAUGUCGAAAUGAAACUAAUCCUGUUCAAACUGUUUUUUGUUUUUUUUGCUAUCAUACAUUCAGUCAUGUGAACGUACAAUCUGUUCACAAUUUGGUUUGCCCUAACAGUUGUUAUUUCUACAUAACCACAGGCCUUCCUACGAUGUGUGUUCUCGCACCAUUUGAUUUCUUUACCUACCUACACUUCACCACUACUUAAUGUGGAUGACUUGUGUUCAUGUACAUCAUGGAAGGAGCCUGCAAUGUUCAUAGGAGUCCUACCGGUGCAGCACCAUUUAGGUCAUUCUGUGUUCUUCUAGUGUUUGGAACAGAACUGUUGACAUGAGAACUCUGUGCAUGUUCCACGCUCCCCAAAAGUCAUGAUUGGCUGUGGAAUAGCAUAUUGUCUGGGUUUUUAUUUUGGCAUCUGGUGCAGAGUAGAUAACCUACUUUUUAAAAAUCUGGUCUUAAUUGCUAGAUAUAACUUUGAAAAUCAAACGCAGUACUGUAUUUCUAUACUAUCCAUCAUUAACAGCCACCCAGAUUUUGUACUGUUGAAACAUUGUACAUACUGUAUAUUUGGUUUUGUGCAGAUUUGCGUCACACUAAGAACUUACAUUUCAGAAGCAGCCUAUAUACAUUAAAUCCAAUACAAAAAAAAAUGAAAGUCUGACUUGACAUUUUUAGUUGAUAAUUGGUGCUUAAUUAUUUGAAUUUGAUUGUAAUUCCUAGUCUCUUACCCUUCUUACAUCAGAUACAUUAUUUGAUGGAAUUGUUACUGUUCUUUGGCAUAUAUGCCAAGUUAGUUUCCUUUGUUUGACUGUGUGUGGUAUAACCCAGUCACUGUUAUCAUUGGAGAUGAAUAAUAAAAAGCAUAUGGUGUGUGUAUACCUAGAGAAAUUAGAUCAGCAAACCUUUUGUUUUCUGAAACAUGAUCAAAUAAUUUUUGUAUGUUUAUAUUUUACUUUGACAUUGGAUAUUGGGGUGGUGAUGUUUUAGUGUACAUUGGAUCCCCCCCCCACACACACACCACUCCUAAUCCUGACUCAAUCCACCACAAUCCCCCUAAAAUUCAAUUUCACACCUGUUUUCUUAAUCUUAUGUUUAAUUUAACAGUCUUGUCUGUGAAUUUAAUACAAUGAUAAUCCUAAAUAAAUUCUCAACUUUC